AAUUUGAUACUUUAUCAAUAACACCUUCAGGACAACCAGUCACAUCACCUAUAACAUCUAUAGGCCAAAAUACCACCUUUGGGGGAUCUGUAGAAACUUCAUCAGAAAUGUCUACUAUAAAGUACACCACAGUAUUUGGAUCUAAGGAAACUAAAACCCCAUCAGAAAUAUCUACAAAACAGUAUACUACAGUGGAAUCUGAUGAAACAACUACAACACCUGGAACAUCUACAGAAGCCUUCAUUACAACAAAUGGAUCUAAGGAACCAGACACAACACAGCAAACCACUUCAGGAUGGUAUACAACACCCGGAGUAUCUUUGGAAACUAAGACCUUUGCACAAACAACUACAAAUCCUUAUACCACACCAAAAGGAUCUGAAGUAACACAUCCUACACAAGAUACAACUACAGAUGUAUCUGCAGAAACUGCUCCUGCAGCUACUUUCCCUUCGUCCACAAUUUCCCAAACAACUCUACAAAUCAACGCCACAACAUCUAUUGUUUCUCAAACUACUAUUUCUGUGGUAACUAUUCCACCAUCCACCUUCAAAACUACUGCUACCAAACCUUCUCCUACCUCCAAGUCUACUGGAAAACCUGUACCACCACCUUUUCAGUGUUAUAAUGGAGGUACCUAUGAUUCCAAUAAAUGUCUUUGCCUUGAUGACUUUUAUGGACCUUUGUGUGAGUUCAUCAUUGACCGAGCUCCAGUUAGUGGUAGAAAGGUUAAUACCACAGUGAAAGUGGAGAUAAAAAUCACUAAUAAGGAGUAUAACGAAAGCCUCAAAGAUACAACAUCUGACUAUUAUAAGAAGUUUGAAAAGGAUUUUAAAUCAGAGAUGAAGAUGGUUUAUGGCGAAAUCCCAGGGUAUCAGGAUGUAGAAAUCAAGUCUGUGAGGAAAGGAAGUAUCAUUGUGAAUCACAGCGUAAUUGUCGAGGCUGAAUAUACAGAAACUGUGACGGUUACCGAGCAGUAUAACGACAUAGUUAGCAAUGUGGAAACGCAUCUGGAAGAACUCGUAAAGGCAAAUUGCACGAAUGGAAAUGAAAGUACUGCAUUGUGUAUUGAUUCCACCUUCGAAAUAACAGAUGAUCCUCCAAAAACCGAAAAAGAACUCUGUUUUGACAGGUUUGAACCUGGUUUUAGAGAAUAUUACACGCCAUUGGUAACUGCUGAAGGAGUGAUCUGUUUAUCGGAUUGCGAUCCGCAAUCAGGAAGGUAUUUGAGCUGCAACGGGGGCGCCUGCAUGUUACAAAACGGCACAGGACCACAAUGCCUUUGCCCGAAUUCGGAAAAAUAUAUAUACACUGGUCCCCGGUGUCAAGGGAAGAUAUUAAAGUCAGAACUAUAUGGCGGAGUGGGAGCGGCCAUCGCAGUCCUGGUGGUGAUUAUCCUCGUUAUUGGAUUCCUGAUGUUCAGAAGAAAAAAAGACAAGAAGCUUGAUGCCUUCACCAAAGACCAGGAAGAUGUGUGGUAUGACGAUGCCAACAGUGAAUGGAGUGUUGAACAUGGCUUCACCAACUUGAGUGAAACAAAAGAAGAUGACGAGGGAGAUUCCUCCAAAAGUGGCUCAUUUUCCAGCAAACAAAGAUUCAAGCCAGCCCUGGAAAAUGUGGACACAUCUAUCAAGGUAAAGAUUCAGAGACCGGAGAUCUCCAUCACAUGAUCAAGACAUCACAUUCUCUCUUCCUCUCCCAUUACCUCUUCCGCAAGGCUACUACUCAGACGUGGGACCACUUAUUAUAUGAUGCUUCUAGUGGACUGGCCCAAUAGUCAUGAUGAUGAGAAGAACUGUCUAUCAGGUUAAAAGACUAGUUUGUGGAAUAACAGACCAAGACACUCGUUUUAUUUGAAUGCAAAGAACACAUGCUAAUAAAAAAAAUUGAACUAAA